UGGCUAGUGCUUCCAGUGUGUACUACCGUUCAUAUGCAAACACGUUGUUAUGCUAUGCGGUAGCUUUUUUCCCCUCCAAGUUAAUCAUUUCUUGCUAAUCAUAUCACUUUAAUGUUAACGCGUACUAUUCUACGCAUAACCCAUAUGUGUUAUUAGUUCUUCUUUUGUGCAAUCGACCGGAACAGGACGCAACAGGAAGUGAAAUUUUCCCACCGAAGGACCUACACCUGCAAACCGAAAGUGCAACCAAAGCAACCCUAGAACGUCGUGAGAGUUCGCUCUCGGUUGUUUAUAAAACAGUAAAAACAUCUGUUUCGCGAAGGAAUCGCGCACCACCCAGCAGCAGAAGGGAGGCUUUCGGGAGCGGGUGUACCGGACCAUCGAGGGACAGCGCGAGACAAGGGGCAGAAACGCAACACGACGUAUAAAGCACGACGCAGCCACGAUGAGCCGGCUAUUCAGUAGUAGUAGUGGUUCGGUGCUCGGUACAGCCGGAAGCAAAAUGUCGACGUUCCGCAAAGUGACCCACUGUAUCUUCGACAUGGAUGGGCUGUUGCUCGAUACGGAGAACAUCUAUGAAAAGAUAUUGCGGGAUCUGUUGAAAUCGUACAACUCGCCGUACCCGUGGCCGACGCGCAUGAAGGUGAUGGGCACGACGGAACAGCGUACCUGCUCCAUACUGGUGAACGAUCUGAAGUUGCCCUGCACAGUGGAUGAGUUUCUGGCGCGAUUCCGUCGCGACCAGUUGCUACAUCUUGGCGGGGCGCCGCUGAUGCAAGGCGCGGAACGGUUGGUGCGUCAUCUGCACAAACACAACAUACCUAUCGCCCUUGCCACCAGUUCCGGUGCCGAUUCGGUCGAAGUUAAGACAAAGAACCAUCACGAGCUGUUCGAACUGUUCGGCCACAAGGUGAUGGGUUCGUCCGAUCCGGAGGUGAAAGAAGGUAAACCGGCACCGGACAUCUUUCUGGUUGCAGCGGCCCGCUUCCAAGACCGUCCCAAACCCGACCAGUGCCUGGUAUUCGAAGAUGCACCGAACGGUGUGACGGCGGCCAUUUCCGCUGGUAUGCAGGCGGUAAUGGUUCCUGAUCCACACAUCCAGGAAGAUCAGCGAAAGCACGCCACCGUAGUACUGAAAUCGCUAGAAGAUUUCCGUCCAGAACAGUUUGGACUGCCAGCUUUCACGUGAACGUUAGCCGUGGCAUCAUUAUAUGACUGGAUGGCUUACCAGCCUGGUACCAGCCACAUUUUCACUGUUAGAGGGAGCAGUAUUUUCGGACCGCACCAACGUGAAAUUUGACACGCAAACGAAUGAUUCAGUUGCGUAGUACUACGCGCACAAUCGUUAUCGCGAGCAGAAGAGAGAGAGAGAUAGAGGGAGCCCGCGAGCCCGAUUAUUUGUACUUUAUGUUUAUAUAUCUCGGACAGCUUUUUAGUGCGAUAGACUAUGUCGUUAGAAGGAAAAUGUUUGAUUAACGGAAAUCAAUGCAGAAAAAAAUACAUUGUUGUGAUCUGUAGACAAA